GUUUUCUGAUUGGUAGAGACAAACCGGAAGUUGCCUGACGCCAUCACUCUCCGUAAGCCGUCAAAGCGCGCGAGGAGCAGGAGGUUUUACUGGAGAUGUCGAAGAGGAAGAGCAGUAAUUCAGGGCUCACGCCUGAUAAGAGAAGCCGGUUAUCUCAACCCGAGCCCUCUGAAGAGGAUGAAACGGGCUACUUCAGUUCAGGAGAUGGCAUGAGCUCAUCACAAAGUGUCACAGGUGAGGUGGGCAUCAUAGAGAGUAUCUCUCUAAAGAACUUCAUGUGUCACUCGUUGCUUGGUCCUUUUGCGUUUGGUCCAAACGUCAACUUUGUCGUAGGAAACAAUGGAAGUGGAAAAAGUGCCGUGCUGACAGCCCUGAUUGUAGCCCUGGGCGGUAAAGCGCUCACCACUAACAGAGGCUCCUCACUCAAAGGAUUUGUUAAGGAAGGAGAGAGUUCGGCAGAUGUGUCCAUCACUCUGAGAAACAGGGGUCGUGAUGCAUAUAAGCCAGAAGUGUUCGGCCAGUCCAUCACUGUAGAUCUUCGUAUCUCCAGCGAGGGAAUACGGACGUAUAAACUAAGACGUAAAACAGGUCAAUUGGUGUCAUCGAAAAAGGAGGAGCUGAUCUCCAUUUUGGAUCACUUUAACAUCCAGGUGGACAAUCCGGUCUCUAUCCUAACCCAGGAAAUGAGUAAACACUUCCUCCACUCCAAAGGAGAGGGCGACAAAUAUAAAUUUUUCAUGAAGGCCACACAACUUGAUCAGAUGAAAGAAGAUUACAGCUACAUCAUGAAAACCAAGACCAUGACCCAGAAUACAGUGGAGAAACACAGGGAGACACUACAAGAGCUAAAGAGAAAGUACCAUGAGAAAGAAGAGCGUUAUAAAAAUCUGGCUUCACUCGAUGAAAUGCAGCAGAAGUUGGAUGAGCUGAAGAAUCAGAUGGCCUGGGCUCUGGUGGCAGAGGUGGAGCAGGAAAUGAAGCCCAUGAGAGAACGCAUCGCAGCUGAAGAGAAAUCCACCGUCAAAUAUGACCAGAAGGUGGAAGAGUGGGAGGGGAAAGUUCAGGAGGCCAACAGGACAUUCAGAGAGUUGCAGGAUCAGCUGGAGGGUGUGACGGUACGAAUGCAGGAGCUGCAGCCACAGUGUGCUGAACUGAAGAACCGAGCACAGGCGCGCAACAGAGACCUCAAAACCGCUGAGGCUGGUCUCCAUCGUAAAAAGACUAACUUGAGAGACCUUGAAAAGGAUAAAGACCAGCUUAACAAGCGAAUCCGAGAGCUCAAACACAGCAUAAGUCAGACGAACUCAGCUGACACUCGUGCUCGUGUGGAGAGGAUGAAUCACAUUCAGGCUGAGCUGGAAGAUCUGAGUUUCAAGGAUUCCACUCUGGCUCAGCAGAUCGAUCAGUUUAAACAGGCCUGUGCCACUGCUAGAGAAAAACUGACUAGAAUGAGCCAUGAAUGGCAAGACCUGCAGCGUGCGAUGGAAUCUAAGCAGCGUAACCUGGCUGCAAUGGAAAGUAGUCGAGAUAACCGACUUUGUCGUUUUGGUGAGCAGAUGCCAGCACUGCUAAGGGCUAUAGAUGAGGCUCACCGGCGGGGUCAGUUCAGGCAGAAACCUGUUGGACCACUCGGAUUCUGUAUCCGACUGCGGGAUCCAGAGCUGGGUCUUGCAGUGGAGUGUUGUCUGAAGGCUCUGAUGUUAGCUUUCUGUUGCGAUAACCACGCUGACGAGAGAGAGUUACAGAAAAUCAUGAGUCGCCACUUCCAGCAUGGCAGAAGACCUCAGAUCAUCGUCAGCCAAUUUACUAACACGGUCUAUGAUGUCAGAAAUGGGGCUGUCAGUCACCCUGAAUAUCCAACUGUGCUCCAGGCACUUGAUAUUGAGAAUCCAGUUGUGGCCAACUGCCUGAUCGACAUGAGGGGAAUUGAAGCCAUUCUGCUCAUCAAGAACGCCAAGGAUGCGAGAAGAGUCAUGCAGUGUGGAGACCGACCACGCAAUUGCAGGGAGGCCUUCACACGUGAGGGUGAUCAGGUGUUCUAUAACCGAUACUACUCCUCCGAACAGAACAGAGCACAGUACCUCAGCAGAGAUGUCGAAGAGGAAAUCAGACAUUUGCGAUCUGCUUUACAUGCACAGAAAACACAAUUGGAUGACUUUCAGAAGGAAAUGCAGCAGGUCACUGAGGACGAGAGGCAGAACCAAACUCUCCUUCGCAAAGCCUAUGAAGACCGCAAGAAGACCCAGGAAUGUUCUCGGAAGCUCCAAGCAGAGCUGACAGAAUUGCAGAAUGUUGAGGAACCUCAGUCAGAAGACUUGAGACCUUUGGAAGAGGAACUGGAGGAGCUCAGCAGCCGAAUAAGUGUGUGUCGAGAGGAAUUUGAAGCUGUGCGGAAUCAGGUGCUGACACACAAAAAGGAAUACGACGAGGCCGAGCAGCAAUACCGGCAGCAGAGGGAAGCUAUUAACAGCAUCGCAGAGGAAGCUGAGCCCAUUAAGGAGCAAUUGAGCAGUAGCGAUCAGGAGUUGGCGAGGAGUAAACAUCAUAAACAACACUAUGAAGAAAAGCGGAAAACUCAUGUGGACAUGAUUGAGACACUAAAGAGGAACCUGAAUGUGAAGGACCAACAGCUACAGGAUUCCAUAGCAAAAGCCUCAGAAAUUUGCACUGAGCGCUUGGAUGUAAGGAGAACAGCGAAGAGCUUGGACAGCGAGAUCACCCGCCUAAAACACAAGAUCGACACGCAGCAGGACCAACAAGGACACAGAGACACUAUUGUCAAGCAGUACCAUGAGGCGAAGGAAAACUUCAACAAGAUAGCCCGACAGGUCAAGGGUCUGGAGGCUUUCAUCCGCCAGUUAACGGAAAUCAUGAACAUCAGACACAACGUCUACGCUGAAAUGAGAAUGUAUCUUUCUGUACGCUGUAAGUACUACUUUGACUCCAUGCUGUCUCAGCGAGGAUACAUAGGAAAGAUGACCUUUGACCACAAGAAUGAGACUCUCUCCAUAUCGGUUCAGCCAGGAGAGGGUGGUAAGGCGGCUCUGAGUGACAUGCGUUCACUAUCUGGAGGAGAGCGUUCGUUUUCUACCGUGUGCUUUGUCCUGUCAUUGUGGGCCAUAGCUGAAGCGCCAUUCCGUGCCUUAGAUGAGUUUGAUGUGUAUAUGGACAUGGUGAAUCGGAGAAUCUCCAUGGACAUGAUGCUGAAGAUCGCUGCCAGUCAGCGCUACAGACAGUUUAUUUUCCUCACGCCACAGAGCAUGAGUUCCCUUCCAGAUAACAACCUUAUCCGGAUCCUCCGUCUGAAAGACCCUGACCGCACCCAAUCUGCUCUCCCUUUCGGUCAGAGGAACCCGGAAUAACGCGCUGUCCACUGAACAUCAUCUUAGGUGUUUGAGUCAAAUCAUGUCAGAACAGGCAAAGUACUUAAAAUGAAAGCUGCACUUUACAGCUCUCUACUGUGCACAGUUAAUCUAAAACCCAAACUUUGCAGGUUCUGUUUUGUUCUGCACUUUAAAUUUUUCUAUAAUAAUAGUUUUUAGGUUUUAUAAAUAUCUACGUUACUACAAUGACAUUUGCAUUUAUACUUGAUUUGGUUGAUUAAACCUGUUGAACAUGCCAUUUAAAGAUCAGUUAUGGCUUGUUAAUGUUAAUUGUUUUUAUUUAAUUUUUCAGUCGUACGUUGUUUAUUUUUAGUACUGAAUUAAUUAAAAAAGACAUUAAAAUGUUUCUAGUAUAACAAAAAAUAAUCGUCAGUAUUUUGUUCAUUCAUACAUUCAUCAAAAAUGCAUAGUGUUGUAUUACUGGUGUAACAGUAUGGAAAAAAUGAAAAUUCUAUUUCAGUUGAAGGAAAUGAGAGAGAACCAUAUUACCAGUUUUCCAUUUCCCUUUUCUGUGUUUACACCAUUUUAUGCAUCUUUAAACACAGACCUUGAAUACAUCUGGCUUCUAAAUGGGCAGAAUGCAAAUAAUGAUGUAAAUUGUGGUUUCCCAGUGAAGCUUAUGACAUAUUGUCACAAUGGCACUGAUUCAGGCCUGUGAUGAUCUUUAAAUCUGUACUUGGUAGCGAUAAGCAGCUACAUGAUGGUGUCCAUUUGUCUCUGUGACUAACUCUCCUAACUUGACUCACAGUUGCUCUUUGCGGAUUGGUAGUCUCAUCGUGUGAAUUUUUUUUUUUU